AGCGCCGAGAGCGGGGAGGCGGGCGGCGGGCGGCGCGAGGGCCAUGCCGCGCCUGCGCCCGCGCCCCCUGCGGCCGCCGCCGCCGCUGCCGCUGCUGCUGCUGCUGCUCCUGCUCCUGCCGCGGCCCGGCGCCCCGGGAGCCCGCGACGACGCGAGCCCGCCGGACGGGGCCCGGGAGCCGCUCCAGGGCCUGCGCGAGCGGCUGAGGGCGGCCGCCGCCCUGUCCCGGCGCUACUGGGCGCUCCUGCGCUGCCGCGUGUGGCCCGACGACUGCGAGCGCGACGGGGAGGCUCGCGCGGCGCCCCCGGGCUGGAGCCUUCCCCUGUUGGGCCAGCAGUACCUGGCCAUCCUGACCUCGUGGUACUGCAGCUUCCAGGAUUGCUGCGACAGUGGGGACUGCAGGAUCUCCAACAACUUCACAGGCCUAGAAUCGGACCUGAGCAUACGACUGCACGGCCAGCACCUGGCCCGGGAGCUGGUCCUGACCGCAGUGAGGGGCUAUCUGGAGCUGCCCCGGCCAGACAAGGCCCUGGCACUGUCCUUCCACGGCUGGUCUGGCACGGGCAAGAACUUCGUGGCACGGUUGCUGGCAGAGAACCUGUACCGGGACGGGCAGAGGAGUGACUGUGUCAAGAUGUUCAUCGCCACCUUCCACUUUCCUCACCCGAAGUACGUGGACCUGUACAAGGAGCAGCUAACGACUCAGAUCAAGAAGACGCAGGAGCGCUGCCACCAGACCCUGUUCAUUUUCGAUGAGGCUGAGAAGCUGCAUCCAGGACUGCUGGAGGUCCUCAGGCCACACCUGGAACGCCAGGCUCCCGAGAACCACAGGGCUAAGUCCCGGAAAACCAUCUUUCUUUUUCUCAGUAAUCUUGGCGGCAAUAUUGUCAAUGAGGCUGUUCUGAAUCUGCUUCAGGCCGGAGGGUCCCGGGAAGAAAUAAAAUUGGAACAGCUGGUGCCCCGGCUUCGGGCCGAGAUCGAGCAGUCCACAGAUAGUGGCUUUGGCCAUAGCUGUCUUGUCAAGGAGAACCUGAUUGACUUCUUCGUCCCCUUCCUGCCCCUGGAGUACCGCCACGUGAGGCUGUGUGCACGUGACGCUUUCCUGAGCCAGGAGCUCCUGUACACAGAAGAGGCACUGGAUCAAAUUGCCAAGAUGAUGGUGUAUGUCCCCAAGGAGGAACAACUCUUCUCUUCUCAGGGCUGCAAAUCUAUUUCCCAGAGAAUUAACUACUUCCUGCCUUGAGGGCUAGAGGAAGACUUCCUGAAGCUGCCUGCCUUCGGCUCACAGGACCCUGGGGCCUGUCAGGGCACUGUCUGGGACUAUGAGGGCAGGAGGGGCGGGGUGGCCUCCAGCCGUCACACACAGAAGGUGUAUAAAAAGGAAGGCCUUAAAUCAGAAACAGAGCCAAUGUUGUAAAUCACUUGGUGCCUUAAAGAGCCACGUUCCAAAAUGCGGGCCAGGUGGUUGGAGAAAACCACAUGCAGAAUAAAUCCCAAGGACUUACUAGCAUCUCAGCUCUUGCCUGCAGAUGCCUGGACUUGGGUGCGAGGCCUGAGGUUGGAGGACCCUUGCUGACAGGAAAGGGAAAAUUCAGUUCUGCUUACGAGUGGCAGGCUGCGCACCUCAGGUUUGCAGGGCAGGUGGGUCAGCUUUCAGGUUGUUGCCAGAGGGAAGCUGAGCACCUUCUGUCCCUGAGCAGAUCAGCAAAGAGCCUCAGGCUGAAGAAAGGGUACGUGGAGGAAGAAUAUAUACACAGGUCGGUGUAGGUUAAGACUUGUUCUCUUGUAGAUCUAAAAGAAAAAUUUAAGCUAGGGGCUUUGACACGGCUGUGUCACGUGUAAGGAUUAAAUUUUGUAUUUUUCGAA